AUGUCAAUCUCACAAUCGCAGGCCUUAGGGCAUUCGAUGCUCGACCAAUUCCUUCUGGAUGAAAAUUGGAAAAACUUCAACCAUGGGGCGUAUGGUACAUUUCCUGCUGAGGUUCGAGAUGAGCACCGCAAGCUCCAAGAUAAACUCGAAGGAGGUCCGGACAGAUUCAUUCGCUACCUACAUCCCGAACUGCUGGACGCUUCCCGAAAGGCAAUGGCCACUUACUUAAAUGUUCCAACCAACGAGAUUGUCUACGUGAAAAGUGCAACUGUUGCUAUCAACACUGUGCUUCGAAAUCUUUCUUUUGGUCCACAAGAUAUGGUCAUCUACUUUUCCACUAUCUUCGCUGCAUGUGAAACAACGAUCCAGUCUGUCAUGGAGACUACCCAACUGAAAGCUCGGAAGAUAAACUGUGUGCUUCCGAUGACCCACGGAGAUAUUGUCGCCAAGUUUGAGGAGACAGUGCAGCAAGCCAAGGAAGAUGGGUUCAACGUCCGAAUCGCUAUUUUUGACACCGUUUCCAGUAUGCCUGGUGUCAGACUUCCUUUCGAAAGAUUAACGGAAGUUUGUCGCGAGCAUCAGAUUCUCAGCUGCAUUGAUGGUGCACAUGGAGUUGGUCAAAUUCCUAUCGAUUUAGGCAAAAUCAGACCUGAUUUUUUCGUGAGCAUCACCCAUAAGUGGCUGUACAACCCCAGAGGGUGUUCUGUCUUCCAUGUCCCUCGCCGCAAUCAAAACCUGAUCCGUACGACAAUUCCAACCUCUCACAUUGUCAUCCCAAAAGCGCAGGAGCAUGACUAUCCAGCUUAUCCUGAUUCAAAAUCAUCGUUUGAAAUGAUGUUUCAAAACACAGCAAUCACCGACGACACUUCCUAUUUGACUGUCCCAACCGCCCUGGGAUUCCGAGCGCGCAUACCUGGGGGCGAGGAUGCUAUCUUUAAAUACAUUCGAGAGAUAGCAUUUGAAGGUGGUAACCUCGUCGCUCAAAUCCUCGGAACGAAUGUUUUAGGGGAACCUGGAUCGGAGAGAGAGGGACCUUGUCGUAUUCGAGACUGUGCUUUUGCCAAUGUGCGUCUUCCGAUCACUAUCAAUGAUUCGGGAGCAGGGGAAGAAGCAAAGGAAACGGGACAAUGGCCUGUUCUGACUACUCUACAAGCAAACAAAUUUGCUGCUCGUCUGCAUCAGAAACUUGUGAUGGACUACUCUGCUUCUACUUCUCCCUUUGUUUAUGGUUCAUGGUUGUGGGUUCGACUUAGUGGACAGAUCUAUCUGGAGUUGGAAGACUUCAAGUGGCUUGGGCAGGUCUUAAAAGAGAUUUGUGCAAGUCCUGGAACUAUUUUGGGAGACAAUGUUGCGGAAUAG